AUGUUAAUUUAUUUCUUACUGUUUUUAUAUUUUUCUAUCUUUCAUUCUUUCUUCCUUUUUCUUUCUUUCUUUCUGUCUUGCUUUUUCUUUCUUUCUUUCUUUCUUUCUUUCUUUCUUUCUUUCUUUCUUUCUUUCUUUCUUACCAUCAUUUUCUCCUUUCUUCAGCGAAUUUUAAUUUAUUUGUUACUGUUUUUAUAUUUUUCUUUCUUUCAUUCUUUCUUUAUUUCCUUUUCUGUCUUUCAUUCUGUCUUUCUUUUUCUUUCUUUCUUUUCUUUCUUUAUUUCUUUCUUUCUUCAUUUUUUCUUUCUUUUUCUUUCUUUCUUUCUUACCAUUAUUAUCUCCUUUCUUCCGCGAAUUUCAAUUUAUUUCUUACUGUUUUUAUAUUUUUCUUUCUUUCAUUCUUUCUUUAUUGAUUUCUUUCUUUCUUUCUUUCUUUCAUUCUUUUUCUUUCUUUCUUUCUACCAUUUUCCUAUCCAGCCUAUUUACAUCUUUCUUUUUUAUCUAUCUAUCUAUCUAUCUCAGUCUGUUCAUAUCUCCUAUUUACAUCUAUCUUUCUAUCUAUCUAUCUAUCUAUCUAUCUAUCUAUCUAUCUAUCUAUCUAUCUCAUCCUGUUCAUAUCUAUCUAUCUACCUAUUUCAUAUCUAUCUCAUCUAUCUGUUCUAUAUCUAUCUGUCUGCAUUUUGCCCUUUAUUUCAUUCUUUCGGCUUUAUCUUUCUUUCAUUAUUUAUUUCUUUUAUCUAUCUAUCUAUCUAUCUAUCUAUCUGCAUAUUUCUCCCUCAGGAUAUAUCUAUCUUUCUUUCUUUCUUUUAUCUAUCUUUCUGUUUUAUCAUUCAGCCUGAUUUAUUUCGUUUUAUCUAUCUAUCUAUCUAUCUAUCUAUCUAUCUAUCUGCAUUUCUUUCUUUCAUUCAGGAUAUAUCUUUCUUUACAUUAUUUAUUUCGUUUUAUCUAUCUAUCUAUCUCAGCCUGUUCAUAUCUAUCUAUCUAUCUGUCUGUAUUUCUCUAUCUCAGGAUCUAUCUAUCCUAUCUUUCUUUUUUAUCUACCUAUCUAUCUAUCUGUUCAUAUCUAUCUCAUCUGAUCUAUCUAUCUUUCUUUCUUCCUUUUUAUAUAUCUAUCUAUCUAUCUAUCUAUCUAACUUAGUCUUCUAUUUACAUCUAUCUAUCUAUCUAUCUAUCUAUCUAUCUAUCUAUCUAUUUAUCUAUCUAUCUAUCUAUCUAUCUAUCUAUCUAUCUAUCUAUCUAAGGCUACCCUUUUUACAUCUAUCUAUCUAUCUAUCUAUCUAUCUAUCUAUCUAUCUAUCUAUCUAUCUAAGCCCAUUAUUAUUUAUGUAUAAUUAUAUAUUUCCCUAUUUUCUAUUCUUUAUCUAUCUAUCUAUCUAUCUAUCUAUUCUAUCUAUCUAUCUAUCUAUCUAUCUAUUAUCUAUCUAUCUAUCUAUCUAUAUCUAUUAUCUAUCUAUAUCUAUUUAUCUAUUUAUCUAUCUAUCUAUCUAUCUAUCUAUGACAAUCUUUUAA